AUGACCCCGCCAGCCCGCCUCGCCCAGGUCCAGGCCCACCUCGCCUCGCCCACCUCCUCCCCUCCCCCACCUGCGCGCUCCGCCUCGUCCUCGUCCGCAACACAACCUGCCAAGCCCUCGAGGCCUCGAGCGCCGACCGCGAACGAGUUCCGCUACUUUCUGCCAAUGCAGACGCGGUGGAACGACAACGACUCGUACGGCCACAUGAACAACGCCAUCUACUCGCACUACUUUGACUCGGUGACGAACGCCUAUCUCCUGCACCACGCCUACCCGUCCCCACCCGCACCACGCCCGAUCGGCCUCAUCGUCAACAGCGCGACGACGUACGCCGCGUCGGUCGCGUACCCGCAGCCCGUCGUCGCCGCGCUCGCCGUCUCGCACCUCGGGACCCGCAGCGUCACGUGGCGCGUCGCCCUCUUUGCGGCCGAGUACGGCGACGACGAGCCGAGGGCGGCGGCGUACGGCGAGAUGGUGCACGUCUUUGUCGACCAGGACAGCCGGCGGCCGGUCAAGGAGCUCGACGACGGGAUGCGGGCGGCACUGCAGAAGCUGGUCGUCCAGUAGCAACGACCUGGAACGUGCUCGAGUGUCGCAAUG